AAUUACUUUCUUUUGAUUAGGAAGAAGUCUCUGCAGCGAUGUCGGAGACCGCUCCCGCCGCCGCUCCCGCCGUCGCGGCCCCUGGCGCCAAGGCCGCCGCCAAGAAGCCGAAGAAGGCGGCGAGCGGCUCCAAAGCCCGCAAGCCCGCGGGGCCCAGCGUCACCGAGCUGAUCACCAAGGCCGUGUCCGCCUCCAAGGAGCGCAAGGGGCUCUCCCUGGCCGCGCUCAAGAAGGCGCUGGCCGCCGGCGGCUACGAUGUGGAGAAGAACAACAGCCGCAUCAAGCUGGGGCUCAAGAGCCUCGUCAGCAAGGGCACCCUGGUGCAGACCAAGGGCACCGGCGCCUCCGGCUCUUUCCGCCUCAGUAAGAAGCCCGGAGAAGUGAAGGAAAAAGCCCCCAAGAAGAGAACAGCUGCAGCUAAGCCCAAGAAGCCGGCGGCUAAGAAGCCCGCCAGCGCCGCCAAGAAGCCGAAGAAGGCAGCAGCGGUUAAGAAGAGCCCCAAGAAGGCGAAGAAGCCGGCAGCCACAGCGGCCAAGAAAGCGGCCAAGAGCCCAAAGAAGGCGACAAAGACUGCCAAGCCCAAAAAAGCGGCGGCAGCAGCCAAGAGCCCGGCUAAGGCGAAAGCGGUGAAGCCGAAAGCAGCCAAGCCCAAGGUCGCCAAGCCGAAAGCAGCCAAGGCAAAGAAGGCAGCUCCCAAGAAAUGAAGUCUUGAAGUGGAAAUACUUUUAAACCCAACGGCUCUUUUAAGAGCCACCCACUAUUGUCCCCAAAAGGGCUGAUACACUCCGUCACUGAGCUCCGUGCCUGCAACAGAGCCAAUUGUUUACCCAGCUGUGUGGGACGUUCAUCUGUGGAGUGGAUGGGACGCUAAACUUCCGGCCGUGGUUUUACCUUCAGACUUGAAAAAAUAAAAGUUUACCUUCCCUGCGAAAA